AUGCACCUUUUCAGCACAAAAGCUACCCGAUCGAAGCGGUCUCGCGGGUCUGUUGAUCACGUUAUGCUUCGGAAGAGACGACGAGCACCGGUCACUGCCGAGGAAACACCCGCAUCAGAUGUCAGUGAAAGCUUUGAAGAAGCACCAACCAUGGAGACUUGCUUUGGGAGCCCAAAUAACAGCAGCACAUCGUGCUUCAGCAGCGGAGGCACACCAAAAAGCUAUAGUCAAUUUCGAGGCAUUCAUGGCCUCCCAACACCUGAACCACGGGCAUGCCGCAAUUCUCCACUUCCUCAGUUUUCUUGGGCUGACCAGGAGAACGUAUGGAGUCAGAUGGUUCGCAAAGACCUAAUAUAUGUCCACAGCGCAUCUGUGCUUGAGCGGCAUCCUGCUUUGCAGCCACGGAUGCGUGCAAUUCUUCUUGACUGGCUGAUUGAGGUCUGUGAAGUUUACAGGUUGCACAGAGACACCUACUACUUGGCCCAAGACAUCCUUGAUCGCUACCUGGCCAAGUCUUCCAACCUUCCAAAGAAUCAGCUUCAACUACUAGGCAUCACAGCCCUAUUUCUUGCGGCCAAAAUGGAGGAAAUUUAUCCACCCAAGCUGGCAGAGUUUGCCUAUGUGACUGAUGGUGCUUGCCAAGAGAGUGAAAUUCUUGAUAAGGAGCUGUCAAUUCUUGUGGCUCUCAAUUGGGACCUGACUCCAGUAACUGUUAAUGGGUGGCUUAACACCUACCUUCAGAUUGCUGCAAAAAAGGAGAAGAGGGAUAAAGAAGAUAUGAACUUCUUACACCCAGGAUUUUCCGCUUGCUCUUUUGUAGAAGUUGCAAAGUUGGUGGAUCUAUGCAUGCUGGACGUAGACUGCCUACAAUUUGCAUACAGUGCUGUUGCUGCUUCAGCAAUUCAUCACAUGAUGUCUCCAACCCUGGCAUCAGCUGUUUCUGGCUACAAGACUGCUGAUUUAGCUGACUGCAUUGAGUGGAUGGCACCUUUUGCCAUGGUUAUCAAAGAAGGAUCAAAAGACACAUCUGGAACCUGUGGGAAAUCUGGACACGAAAUACAAGUUCAUCAUGUUAAUCUUCAGCUUGUGGAGAGGGCAUUUUGCCUGAAGAAGGAAGCCAGUGCCUCUUCAGAAGCUAAACGUGACAAGGUGGCCAGUGGCAACAGCACAUUGUUGGGACUACUCACACCUCCUGCUGUCCAGUAGUUUUCAUAGGAACGGUUCGUUGCAAGUGGUUAUGUGUUGCCCCAUACUGCUUCUGCUGUUUGUUGACAGCACACCAGUGUAAGAUCUCAAGCUGUGGACAUAGAGCACACAAUCUUCAAGAGCAAGGAAAUGUAACCGGAGUGUAAAUGCACCUGCAUGUCUAGUCUCAAUUGUCCCAGCUGACUUUGUUGCAUGGCUGUUACAGCUGUAUCAUUAGGGUUUCUUCUUUAAGUGUAGAGUUGGGCUCAAGGGUGUACACAUGCUUGAGGUAAAUAAUGUGUAGUUGAUCUACCUGUCCCUGUUGUCACCACAGGGUUCCUGGUUUUCUGCAGGGCUUGUUUGUUUCUAAAAAGAAAUACUGCUUUGGCAAGUCUGUGGAAUGCUGGGCAUUCGCUGAUAACUCAUUCCAUGCCUUUUGUGUAACCAUGUAUAUAGAUACAUUGUGUAUCACCUGUUCAAUCAUUUGUGUUUAUGUAGUUUUGCAAGUGGUUCCCUGGUGAGCUAUUUUGUUAACAGCCAAGCUUUGGCAAGACAGGGAGAGGCUUGCAAUCAAAACAUGUCAUCUGCAUGGCAAAGUCAUCAAGACAGUCUCACAUGUGUUGCCAGCAGUUUUGUGUGCGUCUUUGUCAGGGUGUGCCCAUGUGGUACCGUUUCACUGCCAGUUUUUGAGUUACGUUACAGGUUACUGCAUGCUCAACCUUCUUGGGGUGUCGCCAUGCCGGGGAACCAAUUUUUAUACACUAAAAUGUGCGUGGAAAUGAUCGUUUUAAGAAGCUCACCAGUUGUCCAAUGCCAUAGUGUUCUGCUUCACAUUGGUGUUUUUUGCUCCAUUGUUUGGGGAUGGCUGAUCCCUCCAAGAUCUCAAAUAUAGUGCCAUUUGGACUUUGAAUGUUAUUACCCAUAUUUUCCUAGCCAAUGUCAGUGCUCAGUCAUGCUUAUGCAGCGAAGUCUUUUUUUUUUUUUUUUUCUGGCUUCAGUGCUACCUGUAUGUACACUGAGAGCUUAGAAGCCUGCUGUUUGGUAGUUCUAGUGUCAUCAUGGUGAUGUCAUCAGUUGUCUUCCAAUCCAUGACUGACAUAUUGUGCCUGCUAACUCCAGAACAAUGGUUCAGAUAUUUAUAUUGUAAUUUGCUCAAGCGUCAAGACUGUUUUGUCAGCAACAUAGGCCCCAUGCAAGUUGUUGCACUGUAUUUUGUGCAUGAGAAAGCUAAGUAGCACAUUUCCCUGCAAGUUUUAUAUAUUUGAGCUUGGAGUGGAAGAAGUGGAUCUGUGAACUUUUUUUUCUUUUUAUCUAGUUAGUUUUGUAUCUAAGGUUAUUGUGAGCCUUUGUUAAAAUGAAUUUCAUGUUUCAGGUAUUUGAACUUUCUUUAGACUGUAUUUAAGACACUUUUGAGCUUUGAUUAAAGUGUAUUUUCCAUGUAGUGAGUAAUUGUGAGGCUGUUAGCAUGUAAAAAAGGCAUUUUUGUUCAAAGUAGAUUUUAAGUGCACAUGGGGAGAAGUAUGGUACAAAGAGCACUUGAUACAGACUCUUAUGACAGUAAUGUGCAAUAACUGACUUAUUGCUGCUGGUAUUUCAGUGCUGUGCGAGUAUUUAAACAUUUUCUGUGUGCUACAUAUAGUUGUGAAGCCUUUGUUGUCGAUUUUAUGAACUCCCACUGUCCCAUAUCGUACAACUGUGCUCUGGAUGUCAGCUCCACAUGGAAACUUAGUGCCUGCAGUAUUUUGCCUGUUUUGUCAGUUAUGUAUACUUUCUGGGUUUUCUGGUUUGGCAUUUCAAGCACAUCUAUUGGAGUCAUUUACUGUACCAAUACCCAUCCUAUGGCAUUGAAUGGAUUUGUAAGCAGGAUUUAUGGAGGUGAUACUAUUUUUUAUGCAUUUGAAAUAAAGUAAUGACCUUUACAAAA